GGCAUCGUGGGUUCCUCCGGUAACGGAAUGAGUUCCGAAAUUCCGGUGGAAACCUCUUCGGUUGCCAUGGUUGUGCCGUCCUCACCACUACCCUUUGGGGCAAGUGUGGGGGCCGCGACCAUGACGUCGUUUGCAAUGCCAAGCUCGAUCUUCGGGUCGGCCCCUCGACCCAUUCCCGGGCUCGAAACCACGGGGGAUCACCCCGUCGCAAGAUCCCCCCCCCCCCAGCCCAAUGAAGCCAACGACCCCCUCGUGGCGAUGGUGAACCAAGCAUGGUACCACAACAACUAUCUCGCCAUCAACAUUAUCCUGGAGGGGUUGGGAGAUUCGCUAUACCCCGUCUACGCCGGUGCAACGCUCGCCAAGGAGCUUUGGAAUAGCUUGAACAAAAAGUAUCAAACUGAAGAUGCCGGCACGAAGAAGUUCAUCGUCGGGAAGAUGCUGGACUACAAGAUGGUCGACAGCAAAUCUGUUGUCGCCCAGGCUGAGGAGCUUACGGUUAUCUUCAACAAAUGCAAUGAAGAGAAAGUAGGCGUCAGCGAGGCCUUCCAAGUGGCGGCCAUCAUCCACAAACUUCCCCGGUCGUGGGAAGAUUUCCAAGCCGACCUCAAGCUCAAAAGAACGGAGCUGAAUCUGGAGCAACUGCUCACGCGGUUGAGGAUCCGAGAGGAAGGGCUUGCUAGAAGAAAUGGAGGGGCUAAGGCGAAUGUUGUAGAACAUCCGUCGGGCUCUUCACAUGGUGGGAAGGACAAGAAGAAAAUGGGUCCUAAGGGUGGUGUUUCUAAAUUUGCAGGAAAGUGCUACAAUUGUGGCAUUACUGGGCAUCGUUCCUCCGAUUGUAGGAAAAAGAAGCCACAAAAGGGUAAGAAGAAAACCACUAAAGCCAUGUGUGCGGAGCUUGACAACUUGGACCUCUGCGCGGUUGUCACCGAGGUACAUCUCGUCGGGUCAAACCCGAAGGAAUGUCGAAUUCCGGUGACGAUGAUGAAGUCGAACAUGAGACUGAAUUGAGACGAAGUAAAAGAAUACGAACUGA